AUGCUCAUAACACAGCUUACCGGAAUUGCAUGGAAGGAAAAUUCCUUAUUCGGAAGUCGGAAGUUUGGAGUUGGCGUUCAGUUGACUGGUACUUGGCUUGGUCGACAGCUUUCUCUUCUCAUCCAUUACCAUAGAUCGCUUACGAAAGGAGGAGCUACUGUAAGCGAAGUUGGUAUUCGUGGUGUCGUUGACACGAUCUUGAUUGUCCGGCGACGAGUUGGUGUUGUGAGAGACGACGGAAGGAGUCAACCAUCUUUUGAGUGCGCAAUGAAGAAAGCACUUGUUGAACACCAAGAAACGGGCACGGUGUUGUGUGUGCGGCGUGUAAUCAGUGGUUCCAGUUGGUGGUGA